AUGGUCUCAUUCCUUCGUACAUAUGGAUCCGUGCUUGAGCGUGCCAGCAGCGGCGGCGUCGGUAUCACUGGAGAUAGCUUAGCAGCCGCAGGGACAAUGGUUGUGGAUCGCGUUCACGUGGGGCUCUUGGCCAUGCUGGGCCAUCCUGUGCAUGGCAUUGAAGCACAGUCGGAGUGGCGUCCCAGCGAGGCCAUGGUAGAAAGAUGUCUGUUGGAGCUAGAAAAGGAUAUUGAUGGUUUCGGGGAUGCUCACGCCCAUCCUCCUCCACGAUCGCGUGUGCGCCUUGCAGCGAUCCACUGCUUUGACGCAGCUAGGUUGAUUCACACCCUCUGA